CGUACGUGCGCAUAAAAUGUGCGUAACUCUUCAGUUGAAGGUAUUUUUACGUUUAUUGAAAUGACGCGAUUUUCCCGCAAAACUAUCACCGAAUCGUCUGCACGAAUGAUGGCUGACGUUCCAUUAAAAAAGAGGAAGGAAAACUGGACCAGAGCAGAGGGAGAGGCUCUAAAGUCGGCAUAUUUUGAAAGAGCAAGUAUUGUCGACGGCCGCCUUGGUCCGAAAUUGCGCGCCGUCGACAAAGAGAGAUGCUGGCGAGAAAUUGAGGACAGUGUCAAUGCACAAGGAACUUGCAUAAGAACAAUGGAAGAGUGCAAGAAAAAACUGUCGGAUAUCAAGACAGAUGUUAAAAAGAAAGAAAGGAGGAGGAGGCAGAUGGCAGCAACAACAGGUGGUGGACCCCCUCCCAUGUUGGAGGAUUGGGAAGAUAAGGUGAAUAAAUAA